CAAAUCGACUGUGUACUACUGAAAAUACGAUCCCCAUUGUAAAACGAGUAAUGAAUAAUCCGCAAGGCAAAAAGUUUGCAAGAAAGAGAAAGACCGGGAAAAAAAGGGAGACAUACAGUCAUUGAAUAUAGAAUAUGAUCGGCUGUUUUUGACAUUUCUAUGCCUGUGUAAUAUCAAAUGAGGGCAUUGAAUCUUGGAUUUUGCGCAAUUGAAAAUCAUAUGGACAACUUUGACUUGAAACAAUCUGACAUCAAGUGACAACUCAACACAAUUUGCUAAUAUAAGAAUGAAGAAUAAUUUAUGCGACUAUUUUAGUUUGUUUUUUCCUAUUUUUUACACAUUCAGGGAAACUUUUCUUUUCAAAUUGUGAAUUAUACUUAAGCUGUUUUGCCGCGUAUGCUUCAACCCUGAGACUAAAUACAAAUGUCAAACACACAAUACGUCAUUGAAAAAACCGCGAAUUCUAGUUUUAGCAUUUACUUGUUGUUGAUUUUUUUUUUCGUUUUCAAAUUCAAUCUGAGAUCAGUUUCUAGACGAUUCAAAUGCGAACGCAUGCAACUAUGGUACAUCAAAAAUUCAAUUUAAUUGUUGCGGCCUGUGAAAAUUCAGGCAUUGGAAUUAAAGGCAAUUUACCGUGGCGUUUAAAAAAUGAAUUGAAAUAUUUCAACAAAAUGACAAAAUCAACGGUGGAUCCAACGAAAAAGAAUGCGGUCAUUAUGGGUCGUUUGACAUAUUUUGGUAUUCCGGCGAGUAAACGUCCGUUGCCCGACCGAUUGAAUAUUGUUUUGUCGACAAAAUCAGUGGCCGACGAUUACCCAGACGAUGUGGUUCUUUGCUCCAGUUUAAAUGAAGCGAUGAAAAAACUUUCGGAAACUGACUUGUGUUCGAAUAUUGAAUCGAUUUGGAUUUGUGGUGGUAACAGUGUUUACAAGGAAGCAAUGGCAUCCGAUUAUUGUCAUCGCAUCUAUUAUACGGAAAUCAAAGCAAAAUUCGAUUGUGAUGCAUUCUUUCCGGAUAUUCCGAGUUCAUUCCAAAUUGUACCGAAUGAUGAAGAUGUUCCGAGCGAUGAACAAGAAGAAAAUGGACUGAAAUACCAAUACAAAAUCUACGAAAAGCAAAAACCAUAAACAAUACUAAAACAUUCCGGAACUUAAACCGAAUCUUCACAUUGAAUCUUAAUUGCUCGAAUUUAUUUUGAAAAAUUACCUACAAUUUACUUUAUCUUUUUAAAUAAAUAAAUAAUUUGCUAUAUUUUUUCAAACAAA